GAUACUUUUUAUACAUAAUGUCAUCUUUUAUUUUAACACUAAGUAUUUGUGUAUAAAUGUGAAAGAAUGAAAAUGAAGUAAAAGUGUGUUACUGGUUGUUUCUUAAAUACAAAAAAGAAAAUGUGCAUCCAAAUGAAUCGAAUUGUUUUAUUUUUAUUUUGUUUAAAUUGUUUGUGUUCUGUGAAAGCUUUUCUUGUUACAGGUCUCAGUGAAGUUUCACCGCAAGUUACUCAAGUAACUCAUGUUAUAUCCGAGGAUGGUGAGCCUGAACCGAUUAUAUUAAAAUGCGAUUAUGAUGCGGAAAACUACCAAUCGUCAUUGCUUGUAAAAUGGCUCAAAGACGGCAAACCAAUUUAUCAAUGGAUUAAAGGACACGAACCAUCUGUUUUCCCUUCAUCAAAAGGACUAAUCGAUGAAAAAUAUGAAGUUUCAAACGAUGUAAACUACAAAUAUAGUGCGAUCAGAUUCCCUGAGCCUACAAACAAUAUUUCUGGCGACUACAGUUGUAUGGUUACAAUGAAUUCAACUCAGACCAUUCAUAUUCAUCUUCAGAUAGUUGAUGUUAGCCAAUUAAAUUUUAAACUCGAUUAUGAAACUUCAAGCAACGAAACCCUUGUGACAUGUGCAGUUGAAAACGUUUAUCCCAAACCAUCUCUGCUAAUAACGAGCGAAGACGAUGACAUAAACUUCACCAAAAUCUGGGAGAAAUAUGAUCCGGAAAUCAAUGGUUACUUCAAUGCCACUUCCGUUGUAUCUGCCAGCCAGUUUGAUACUAACGAUGAAAUAACUUGUACGCUAUCUUUUCUUGGAAGUGAAUAUAAUAAAACUCAAACCUUGACAUCCUCAGCUGCAAUCAUCAAAAGCACCGCAUUGAUUUUGACAACAGUACUUGUGUUGCUUUUAAAUGUGUAUUAAAAUAAUUCUGUAAUCAAAAUGUAUGUACGUCUUCCCUGUAGUAAAUAAAUUGUUUUAAAACUGUUGUUACCAUUAUAAACAGAA